UACUUUAAAAAGGUGUUUAUUAACGACCUAUUUCGCUGUCUAUCUUAAGACAUUUCUAAAGACUCUUUUAAAACAAAUAAAAUAAAAAAUAAAUAAAUUCCCAACUAUUUACGAUGGAAUUGUCUAAAAUAGUCGGAACUGGAAACCCCGGAAAUGGAACCACCAUUCCUAUCCCGGUUUCCUCGGGGAAUCCCUUCAAGGUGCCCUUGCCGCCCCUCAGUACGCCGCCCGCCAAGCCGAAUCCCUCUCCUUCCCCGGGCUACGCCAUCAAGAAAUCCCUCCAAGGACACACUAGCUGCGUUUCGGCAGUGAAGUUCAGUACGGAUGGCGGGCAACUGGUCAGUGGAUCGGACGACAAGCUGCUCAUAGUGUGGGACGUGGAGGCUGGCAGAUGCCUCCAAACGCUGGCCGGGCACGGAAGGGGCGUCAACGAUGUGGCCUGGUCGGCGGCGGGUUUACUGGCCAGCUGCAGCGAUGACAAGACCGUCCGUCUCUGGGAUCCUCGCAGUGGACUCUGCGCCAGAACGCUGGAGGGGCACGGCGGCUACGUCUUCGCCUGCUGCUUCAAUCCGCAGUCCAACCUGCUGGCCUCCACCAGCUUCGACGAAACCGUGCGGCUCUGGGAUGUGCGCACGGGGAAAAGCCUCAAAACAGUGACCGGCCACCUGGACCCCAUCACUUCGGUGGACUUCAACCGCGAUGGCAGUCUCUUCGUCACCAGCAGCUUCGAUGGCCUGGUGCGCCUGUGGGACUCGAGCACCGGUCAUGUGCUGAAGACCCUCAUCGAGGACGACAACACGCCGGUGGGCCAUGUGAAGUUCUCGCCCAACGGCCGCUACAUCCUGGCCUCCACCAUGAACAGUACCCUCAAGCUGUGGAACUACCAGAAGCCCAAGUGCCUGCGGGUCUAUCGCGGUCACGUCAAUUCGGCCUACUGCCUGACCUCCAACUUCUCCAUCACCGCGGGCAUUUGGAUUGUCGCGGGCAGCGAGGACGACACCCUAUGCAUUUGGAACCUGCAGACCAAGGAGCUGGUCCAGAAGGCCAGCACCCAGGGCGACCAGGUGAUCUGCACCGACUGCCAUCCCAAGGCGAAUGUGAUAGCCACCGGCGCAGUGAGGAACACUUUCGCCAUCAGAAUCUGGCAGAGCAGCGAGUAGUAGUAGUUGGAGCAAUCCGCUCUUAAGCCCUCCGAUUAACCUGUAAUUGCUGUUCCUUUAUCAAACGGCUGGCCUGGCCAUUAAGCAAACGCGCCGGUUGUCUUUGUAAUUGCUGA